CGGCGGCGGCGGGAGCAGAGGGAGGGCGGGAGAGCGGGCGCGCUUGUCAUGUUCCCUCUCUCACCCUGGGGGCAUCCUGCAGAACCUCUCCUCGGAAAUCCACGGGGAAAUGGCAAACAGGAUUGACGGGUUUCACACGCUCUUCGCUAGACAGAGCCGCUCAUUAUCAUAACCGUCUGCAGCGACGGCGGCGCGGCGCCCCAGUCGCGGCGGCGGGACCUGCCGGGACCCUCGCCCGCCGCGCACCAGCGUCCACCGCCGACCGGGCCGCCGGGCCGGGCUCCGCGCGACUGUGCACCGGCGGCCGGGCUGGCGCCGAGCCCAGAGCGGACCAGCGGCGGCGCGAGCGCUCGGGCCGCCGCCUCCCGGCUGACCCCGCGAUCUGAGGCGGUCAGAGAUGACUCUGGUUCUGUCCAUGAAUAGAUUCUGCGAGCCCAUUGUCUCAGAAGGAGCUGCUGAAAUUGCUGGGUACCAGACACUAUGGGAGGCUGACAGCUACGGAGGCCCGAGUUCCCCUGGGCCAGCACAGGCUCCUCUGCAGGGAGACCGGGGAGCCGGUCCCCCACUGGCAGGAUCACAUUACAGGGGAAUUUCAAAUCCUAUAACAACAUCCAAGAUCACAUACUUUAAGAGGAAGUAUGUGGAAGAAGAGGAUUUUCACCCACCACUCAGCAGCUGUAGCCAUAAAACCAUCUCGAUUUUUGAGGAACGAGCCCAUAUCCUGUAUAUGUCAUUAGAAAAGCUCAAGUUUAUCGAUGAUCCUGAAGUGUACCUCCGAAGGUCCGUCCUUAUCAACAACUUGAUGAAACGGAUCCACGGCGAGAUUAUCAUGCAGAAUAACUGGUGCUUUCCUGCCUGCUCUUUCAACGGCCCCUCUGCCCAAGAGUGGUUUCUGGCUCAAGACUGUCCUUACCGAAAACGACCGCGGAUGGCCAAAGAGGAGUGUGAAAAGUUUCACGCCUGCUGCUUUUACCAGGAAUGUGGUGGUCACUACCUAAACCUGCCCCUUUCUGUCCAUGCUAGUGUCGGAAGUGCCUCCACCACUGCCCCCUCUUCCUCCUCAUCUUCCUCUUCCCCUCCCCCUCUGCCUUUACCGAGUUGUUCCCACCAGGUGGAUUUCAAUGUAGGCUGUGCGUCUGCUUACAAGGGUGAUGGUCAGGUACCCGCCAGCGAAAUCUUUGUCACUAAUGUCAGGUCACUAGGUGUUCAGGAAAAGGCCACAUUAAGUGAGGAGAAGGCAAAUAGCGACACCACCAGGGAUGGUGGCCCAUUAAGCCAUGAACCUGUGGGAAACGACCUUGCUUUUGAGUGCAAAGGCCAAUUUUAUGAUUAUUUUGAGACUGGAUAUAAUGACAAAAACAACGUGAGUGAGUCUUGGAAAAAGUCCUUAAGGAAAAAGGAGCCUUCACCAAGUAACAAACCGUGCUGUGGCAAAGGGAGCAAACUAUGAGCCAUCUUUCCACCGAACCUCUGAAGCAUGCACAGCAUGACCAGUUAGCUCUCAUAGAUUUUAUUUUGAAUGGAUUUUAUAGUUUUGUACAACUGAUAAAAUUAUGCCAUGAACACGCCGUGUCGUUUUAAUGCCUGGAGAGCAGGUUGCGUAAAUCCUCUGUAGAGUAGGCAUCAGCGAGCUACUUCUCAAUGUGGUGAUGUUACCAAGAACACAGUUGACUCGAUGCUUAAAAGUAAACCUUAGUUUUCUCACAGAAAAGGUCCAGUAGAUUAGACUGGGGGACAGUGUGCCCUUGUGACCUUUCCAUGAUCCCCCCCCCCAAGGAGCCUGUCACUAGCUAAGAAACGGCAACACGUUCGCCAAUCAAUUAGGUAGUUGUUUGGUCAGCAAACCAACAUAACCAGCAAAGGAUGUCUGCUGCUUCUAUGUGAUACAGUAUUUUUUUUCUGAAUGAAAGACUGAAGACAGGGAGCUAGAUGAAGUGGCUUCACCGUGCCGUUAAGGACUUGUCUUUAACAGUCUUGCAUGACAGACGAAAAUAGGAUGUAACAUAAUGAAACACCUGUCUAGGGGUGGCAAUCAACAAUAUGUGGAAAAGGGUAAUCCCUGCGAGUUCCUGGCUUGCCUGCGAUGCGUGAUCAGGCAGUUAGAGAGGUGUUAUACAGGGCGAUUUUUGGUGCCUUACUUUAUCUUAAUUUUUGCCAAUGUGAAAAUUAAGGAUAAAUCAGAGUUACAGCAGGGAUUUAACAAACAGGAAAAAAAUACACAGGGUGGAUCAGUAUUGUUUGGAAACCGUUAACUUCGAAACUAUUGUGUUUAACUUUUGAUUCAACAUCUCUAUUCUUCCUUUGUUUUUUGAUGCCCAAUUGCUUUUGGAUUUGGCAUUUUUAGAAAGGGAUGGGGGAAACAAUAGAGCUGUUAGAAACCAGCACUAAGCUGCUUGAGCUUUUCUAUGGCAACGGGUCUGUUGCUGGGGUUUGGGUUUUUUGGGUUUUGGGUUGUUUUGUUUUGUUUUGUUUCCUUGUCCAAUGAAGUUCAUGAACCGGUGGCAUGCAUUAUACUUUAAUCUGUUUUGCAUCAUUUCACUCGUUUAGAUUAUAAAAGCAUGUGGUUUUUUAUAUAUGACUUUUGCUGUUGAUUAAGAAGCACAAUGUUAAUAAAUGAUGUGGUGAUCAAUAAGGUUUUAUCUUAAAGAAUGUAAAGACUUUAGGUUUUGGAAAGUUAUUUUGGAGAAAUGGGACUCAGUUGGCAAUAGCUACCAUGUAUUCGGGCCACAGUUUUCUCAAUGAUUUCUUUAAUUUGUACAUUUGCAAGAGUGUUCAGAGUGCCCCUCUGACCGUCCGUCCUCCUACUCCAGCCAACUCCUCCUGCUAAACUGUACUCCAGUUUCCAAGAUUGCUAAUUGACUUGGGCCUCCUUAAACAGUACUUCACAGGAACCAAAUGCCAAAUGGAGGAAAUAAGUCCUCCCAGUUUCUCCAAGAUAAAAGCUUUUUUAUUAUGCUAUUAAUAUUAAAUAUAGGUCUCAUUCAUACAGUGUAUGAGUAGGAUCAUCAUUUGGACAAUGUCCACAAGGACCAAUUUUUAAAACAUGUUCUUGUGUUAUGGCUAAUAGUCUAGUAACAUUUUGUCCUUUAUUUUCAAUAUUUGAUAAACAUUUGAUGUUGAAAACUUAGAUGAUAGAUGCUUGUAUAUGAAUGUGUUGUAAUAAAGUGAGGUUUUCUUGAUAUAUAUUUAUUAAAAUGAUCAAAAUGCAUUAAGAUUUCCUAAAUUUUAAUGAUCAUCGGCAAUGUUUCUGUUUUCCGUUGCUCUUUCUCCUUUAAAAAACUCAAGAUGUCUAGUGGGCAGUGGCCACACGGGAGUAUUCAAAAUGAAAGACUUCUUUCAAGAGGUCAACCUGACAGGUGUUUUAGAAUGGUCCUAGUUUGUGAGUUAGAUUUCCGUUAAUUAAGAGGCCAAUGUUAAUAAAUGAUGUGGUUGGUCAUCAAGAAGGUUUUAUCUUUAAGAAUCUAAAGAUUUUUUCAUUUUUGCAAAGUUUCUGACCAAAAAAACAAAAAUAGUAACACAAAUACUGAAGGAAUCCUGGCUGAUCGCUUUAUGGAAUGUCAAAUUGUCACAAAGAUGACCUGUAUGUCAGCAGUCAAAAUAGCAAUAGAUUACUGCUGGUAUUCCAUACCACUCUGUUUUAAGGUUGCUAGUAGAGGCUAACAUUUCAUUUGAUAAAGGGAGAAAGCUUGUUGGGAGCUUAAUUGUCACGUGUAACAUUCUUACUAUGAAUGUAAUAAAUCCAAGAGAUUUACAUAUGAAAGAAAUUACAUCCCUUUUGCUCUUUAGAAAGCCCCCCUCCCCCACAUUAUCAGAUAAUGUUCCUCUUGAUGGUCAAAGUUGUAAAGUGACAGGUGAUGAUUUUCCAGAGCCCUCACCUGAGCUGUGGCCUCAGGCAUCUACAGCAGAACCCAUUGGAGCUUCUCUACUGGACGAUUAGGGGCCUUUGAAUUCAGCAGCAUUAAAAUUUGUAAUUUUUAGUCAUCAAGCUUUUGUCCCUAAGACAUUUCUAGCAUACCAAAAGACAUGCCUCCACUCCUUCCCCGAAAACCCCUAAACACCCAUCCAAAUAAGAAUGUUCCUUUGGUUGGUAUAAGAGCAUUAGGGCCUCUUAGGGGCCUGUUUCACCAUUUCUAUUCAGAAGAUACUCAGUUCAGUCUUUCCAGGUGCCCAAGGCAUAGAUAAUAAUUUACUGACUAGGUUCUAGAGUUCUGUCUCAGAGACUGGUAAGGCUAAAACACUCUGCACCCCAUACUCUGUCUACCCACUGGAAGUAGCACCCUUUCUCAUGACUGGGCUCUGCUUUAAGGAGAACCUGAUAGGACAGAUUCCAGACUUUUAAAAGUUAAAUGAGGCGAAAUCUUCACUUAAAAUGGCCCAGCUCCCCCCAAGAAUGCCUUUAAUUGCUACUCCCUGAGGCAUCUAGGUGCACCUCGUUAACCAAAUCAUUAACCUUUGCCUCUGGUCCUUCCUCUUAUAGUGGCAAUUGUAGAAGAUGGUCUGGCAGAGUCACUUCAAAGGAGCACAGAUAUCAACCGUGCUUUGCCUCCAACUCUUAAAAUCCUACGAAUCUGUCCUUCACCUUGAAGGGGUCCCAAGGACAGGAUUUCAGCGGCCAGGACUUGGGAAGCUGGUAGAAAAACUCAAAGCCAAUGGAAGUGGCUAUCUUACUACCAGUGACUAAGUAGGUUAAGGCAUCUUCGGCAUGGUCUUUUAAGACAAUAGAGAUUCAGAACGUUUUGUUUCAUAAGGGCAGAAGCAAGUGAAUGAACCUUUAUUUUAAGAGAUCCUAGUUAACUCCAUCAAAGCAGGGCUACCCAGCCCUCCAGUCAUGAACUUGUAUUACAGCUCCACUUAAUGACUUCCUUUCGGUGUGUCUAGAGAAGAGCUGAGAACAACUUGGAGCAGACAUGGGCGUUAAGAGUUGUCAACUUAACAAUAAAUAUCAGACAAGGAUAUAGGAUUCCCAUGUAACAUAACUAGGCUUUUCUAUUCCUCAAACAAGUUGUGAGCAGAAAAUGCUUUUGAAAAUAAUUAGCUGUUCAAAUCCAUUUUAAUGACAGCCCCUUAAAUUUGAAGCUAUUUCAUUCAUAGUUAAGGUUAUCCUUGCCUAUUUUGCUAGGCCGUUUCCAAAACGAGGGUGCAGCAGGUCCUGAACAAUGAUGGUUUAAACAAGAUGCAGAACUGCGCAUGAAGAGAGGAAUGACAUCAGUAUUUCAGUGAUGAGAGACAAUGUACGGUUUCUAGUAAUUCAUGUUAAGAUCGCUGUGCUCUGAUUGCGGCUUAACCUGAAAUGCAUUCAGGAUCUUGUAAGUCACUACUCAAGGCCUCCAUGGCUUUCCUACACAGUACAGUGUGUAAGCGAGGUCGAUUAUCUGCACAUGGCUAGCACUGCUCCAUUGGUUGUGAGAGCUACAUGACCGAGGGUGAAACAGUUACUACUUUAGAGAUUGUUUCCAGCCCUGCGUACAUGCCGUAUUUCAACUGGGAGAAUUCACUCAGGAAAAGCACUUGAAAAGAUGUAAGUUAUGAACACUUGAAUCUCGCAUCCUGCCAUAAAGUGCAUCAGCAAGUGAGUUUAAUAAAACAUGCUGUUUAAAAUA